GUUAAAUAUGGCAACAGGGUCCCACGGACCCGGUGCAAAAACCCGAAAUGUCCAGGAUGAGGCCGUGGACAAAAGCACCUUUAAGGAAUGCAACCAGAUUGCUUUUUACAGGCGUCAGAAACUUCUACAUCCUGGGAAAUCCUUGUAUCGAGCAUUGUUGGAUUCAGUCAUGUUAAGUGAUGAGAAUGUCAAAUUCCAAAUUAUUCAUGAGAGGCAUAAGGUUCUUCUACAAGUAGAAAUUUGUCAAAUAGAAGGCAAUAUUUUCAGGCUUAAAAUUGAUGAGGCAGCUCCUCUCAAAGCAAGAUACAAAGUUCCUGAUGUUCUUAUAAAGGAACCUACCACCCAGAGACUCUUUAUAUCCCACAAGGAGGCAGGUAUUUUGGUGCUGUCAAGUAUUAAUGAGGACUACAAACUUCAAGUCACAGCAAACCCCUUCCAGAUUGAGUUACAGUCCAAGGGUGAGACUGUUCUGAGCAUGAAUUCCAAUGGAUUGUUGUAUUUUGAGCACCUACAACCACCUCCCAGUGAUAGAAAACCUACAGCAAAAAACAAGGAGGAGGCAGCAAGUGAUUCCUCUAAGGAGAAACAAGAGGAUCUAAGUCUCUGGCAAGAGAAAUUUGGCAGCUUCCUAGACAUCAAAGCUCAUGGUCCUAGUUCUGUAGGCAUGGACUUCUCUUUACAUGGAUUUGAACAUCUUUAUGGGAUACCACAACACACUGAAGCACUUCUUCUCAAAAACACCAGUGAUGGUGAUGCCUACCGGCUUUAUAAUUUGGAUAUUUUCGGCCACAAGAUACAUGACAAAAUAGGCAUUUAUGGUUCAGUGCCCCUUCUCUUAGCACACAAGCCUAACAGAACUUCAGGGAUCUUCUGGCUGAACUCUUCAGAAACACUGGUGGAUAUUAGUACAAAGGCAGUAGCUGAGCACACACCUUCUGGAUCUGCUGCAGAGACUGCUAAGCAGAGAGCAGUGCCUCUAACUGAUGUGCGCUGGAUGUCAGAAAGUGGGAUCAGCACUCAAGCCCUGCCCCCUCUUUUUUCUCUGGGCUACCAUCAGUGCCGCUGGAAUUAUGAGGAUGAGCAAGAUGUCAUGGCAGUAGAUGCUGGCUUUGAUGAACAUGACAUUCCUUAUGAUGUGAUAUGGCUGGACAUAGAGCACACAGAUGGCAAGAGGUAUUUUACCUGGGACAAAAAGAAAUUCCAGAACCCCAGAAAGAUGCAAGAACAUCUCAGGAAGAAAAAGCGCAAGCUUGUCGUCAUUGUAGAUCCCCACAUUAAGGUUGAUCCUAUGUACACCCUGUAUUCACAGGCAAAAGACAAGGGAUAUUUUGUGAAAGACAGAAAUGGGCAAGAUUUUGAGGGCAUCUGUUGGCCAGGUUCCUCUUGUUACUUGGAUUUCACCAAUCCUGAAGUGCGAAGAUGGUAUGCAGAUCAAUUUGCCUUCAAAACAUACAAGGGAUCCACUAAUAUCCUCUUUGUAUGGAAUGACAUGAAUGAGCCUUCAGUCUUCAAAGGAGCAGAACUAACAAUGCAGAAAGAUGCUGUGCACUACAACAACUGGGAGCAUCGUGAAGUACACAACCUCUACGGAUUCUACCAGCAAAUGGCAACUGCAGAAGGACUCAUCAGACGUUCUUCAGGAAAAGAGAGACCGUUUGUCCUCACACGAUCUUUCUUUGCUGGAUCACAGAAGUAUGGGGCAGUGUGGACUGGAGACAACACGGCAGAGUGGGGUUACUUGAAAAUAUCCAUUCCAAUGCUUCUCACCAUCAGCAUGGCAGGGAUUUCAUUCUGUGGAGCUGAUGUGGGAGGGUUUAUUGGAGAUCCAGAACCAGAAUUACUUGUUCGCUGGUAUCAGGCUGGAGCCUACCAGCCCUUCUUCAGAGGUCAUUCUAACAUGGAGAGCAAACGGCGAGAACCGUGGCUCUUUGGGGAGAAGAACACCCAGAUCAUCAGGGAAGCCAUUAGAGAGCGCUACGUCCUCCUGCCAUACUUAUACACACUGUUCUAUCGGGCACACACAGCGGCUGAACCGGUUAUGAGACCUCUCUGGAUAGAGUUUCCAGGGCAAAUAGAAACUUUUGGCGUGGAAAAUGAGUACAUGCUGGGAAAUGCUUUGUUGGUACAUCCAGUGACGGAGCAAGAGGCCAAGGCAGUGAGUGUUCUGCUUCCAGGGCCAGAGGAGAUUUGGUACGAUUUCAGAAAAUUUAAACGAAUAGAAGAUCUAGGCACUCUGAAGAUCCCAGUAACACUGGAGAAUAUUCCUGUAUUCCAGCGGGGGGGCACUGUGAUACCUCUGAAGACCACAGCUGGAAAAUCCACUGAAUGGAUGAUAGAUAUUUCUUACGAACUCCGCGUGGCCCUGGACACAGAGGCCUGUGCGAUAGGUGAGCUCUAUCUAGACGAUGGGCAUUCAUUUCAAUAUCUCCACAAGAAGCAGUUCCUGUAUCAGAAAUUCACUUUCCACAAGAACAUUCUCUCUUCCAGCUGCACAGAUCAAAGUGGACAAUACCACACUACAUGUGUGGUUGAACGGGUGAUAGUUCUGGGAUUUGGACAGCAACCCACUUUUGUGACAGCCUGUUCCAAGGAUGGGAAAGAAAAAGAAGUGGUUUUCACAUACAAUAUGAAGACCUCUGCGCUGACGCUGGAAAAUUUAGCCCUGAGCAUUGAUGCUAACUGGGAGAUUUGCAUCAACUGAAAGGAGACGCAACUUCUUCAGAGAAUUCAUUGAGAGGUUGAAGGGAAAUACGUUGGGGAGACUUAAAGUGUUCACUUAAAUCCAGUCAAAUCAAGGAACAUAUUUCCCACCCACAUCCCCAAACUAACAUUUCCUGCAAUUUUUCUUUUACAGCACUGAUUUAAACUUGGAUAGCUAUUCUAUUUGGCAAAAGUAAUAGCGCUAGGUUUGUAUCUUUGGGGAAAAAGCUAAGUACCGAUUGCUCCAGGCUAGCUUCAGUUAGGCAUUAAGAUUAAGUCCUGCCUCCACGUGUGCCAAAAAAUCAUAAAUUGAUGGGGUGAGGUUGUGGCUCGUUGACAUGGGGCUUAAUGUAAAUAUUUGGAAAUCCCACUAUUCAGAAACUGGAGUACUUGAGAAGAGCAGAUCUGGGCCGAUUCAACAAGCAGCAUCAGUAGAUACGCCAGAUGCAGAGGUUACCAUCAGAGUUCUGCCUGCAAGCUGCCGUGUGAAAACAAACACAGAAGGAGCCACCCAGUGUGAUUACAGACACUUCCCCUUUCCAGUCCUUGUGUCAAUGCCAAAUUAGGCAGCCUGUACAGGAAAACAAACAACGGGCUAGCCAAACAGUGCAGUCACCGAACGUAAGGUCUGAGUAUGUUGUGCUAGUCAGUUGUGCGAUAGUAAAAGACGGUAAUGUGGGAGUGCAGAAGUCUCUCCAAUAGCUGGCUCUGAGACUGGUAUCCGGAUUAUGAAAAGGCACAGGUCUACAUAAGUGCAAUAGUGGCUUAAGGUAGCAGCUAGACUCACGCAGAAACAUUUUCCAUGUUAUUGCUCCCCUCUUUCUGCAAGUACUACUUAAAAAAAUAAGCCCUUUGUUAGGAAAGAGUUGGCAUUUUUGGAUGAUUUAAUAUCAUUAGUUAAGGCCAGCACAGUGAAGCAACUGCUUAUGGAGAGCUCUGCUUCUCCACAUCUUCCCACUCUUGCCAAGAGUUGGCUUCCUUUACACGUUUUAGUAAUUUCUUGGUCCGUUUUUAGUAUCUUAGUAUCUUUUACUGUUUUUAUGUUUUGUAUUUAUGAAACAAGUUUUUAGUUUUAAUGGGAUUAAUUCUGCAUUUAGCCAUCCCACUUCACGAUUAUCUCCCCAUUGUCUUACAAUUCACCCUAACGUUCCCUUGCCUCCUUUUCCCACCACCUCUGUGAGCAGAACUGGUGUGUCCUGAUGCUUUCUUCCCUUUCAGAACUAGGAGACAUCCUGAGUCCCACAACCCCUAUAUCCUGCCUAUUCCCACAGCCCUUUCCCUAUCAGGCAUCUCUUUUCACAGGCUACCAUUGCUCCACAACUCAAGUUGUUUGCCCUUUCCAUUUCCAGUUCUGCUUCGAGUCAAACCUGAACAUGCCAUCAGUUGGGUUUUGUGGCUAUAAAAGGGCAAAAUUUACUUAAUUUCUUUUAGCAAGAUAAGGAAGUAUUUUCUAAACAUCAGUAAAUUAACUCUUGGGAAACAGAGAAGAAUGGUCCCCAUUUUUGCCAAGUAAGGGUAACGUAACAGUCCAUUCCUAUGUUGUUCCCUACUCUUCUUACUAAGUCCUCCCUGUGCUUGGUCAGUCAUUCCCAGCUGUUGCUGUUUGUCCUCUGCGGGGCAGAUUUCUGGGAAUAGCGAGCAUGAGAGCAAACUGUGACUACUCCACUCUUGACUACCAAGCGCAGUUUGUUCCCCCAGACCCUUAGGUUUCUUCUUUUUUAUUCCGCAGAGCUGUUUGUCAGCAGACAGCGGGAGCCCUCACUGCAGGAACUGGCAGCCCAAAUACUGCUGUGCUUAAUGCAGAUGGGUUAAUCCAGGUAGAACAGUAGCAAAUAGAUCUUUUACAUCUAUGUUAAGAGAGACAGACCCUAUUUUUCUAUCAGCUUCUAAGGUUUAAUUGAUGAUUGCUUCUUAUGUUUAAGCAUAGCAGUGCUUCUGACAGGAUAUAAUUACUGUCUGGAGCAUUUCAAUGAAAUGUUUCAACAGGUAUUUCUAAAGUUGGAAAGUAAGUGAAAUAAAGUUACAAUGAAGUGAGUUACGUGCCUUAUACCUUCUUUCUACUGUUGAAAAACACUACCAAGUAUUCUUCCAAGGGUAUUUGGUUAAAGUGAAUGACCACCUUUUAUGCUCUGCCCCUCAGCAUGAUAUCUGCACUAUAUAGUAAGUACUCAUGGGUCAAAUUUUCGGUGCUAUGAAGCACCUAACUUCUACAGAUUUUGAUAGGAAUUAGUUGCUGAAAAUCUUAGCAGUUGUGGCUAGAUCUGAGGAAAUAAAUUUCAAAGAAU